UCAACCGCCUUUGAUAGGAAUCUCAAUUCACCAAGGCUCAUUAUUUUACAGACCUCCAAGUGGUCCUCUAACGAAUAUUCCUGAAGUCUUUGAAUUCCAUCAAUUUUUCGAAAUGAGUCGCCCAUCUCCAAUUGAUUGCUUCUCAGUGGUUCCACUACCUGCAAAUGAAUCACAAACCACUGACAUCCACGCAAUCACGCCGAACCCUCCCGGUACUCGUGGCGAUGCCCCUAACCUUCCCACAAUCUCCACAACUGGUGUUGACCACGCAGAUUCCAGCUGUCCAGGUGCUGAUGCUCGUGGCGAUGCCCAUAACCCUUCUGCAACAUCACAAGUCACUGACAUCGAUCAUUCAACCAGCUGUCCUGGUGCUAUAGCCAGAAUUAAGGAGUUUUUUGUGAAAAUGUUACACAACAACAGUGCUAAAUUGGCCAUUUGUGCAACAGGCAUAUUCGUCUGUUAUUUCUACUAUGGGGUACUCCAGCAGAAAAUAACCCAGGGUAUUUACGGUGAGGGCGAAAAUAAGGAGAAUUUCACGUAUAUGUUUGCCUUGGUGUCCUUGCAAUGUGCCAUAAACUAUGGUUUCGCCAAACUACUGUUGGUGACUGUCAUGAGAGAGGGCGAAGACAGUACUAAGACUGUUUACUAUGCUACUUCAGCCCUGUGUUAUUUAUUGGCAAUGGUGUGCAGUAAUAUGGCACUACAAUUUGUGAGUUAUCCAGCCCAGGUUGUUGGCAAGGCUGGAAAACCUAUUCCUGUUAUGCUCCUGGGAGUUCUUCUUGGUCAUAAGUCUUACCCUCUUCGGAAGUACGUUUUCGUCUCCCUGAUCGUCUCAGGUGUCAUCCUCUUCAUGUACAAGGAUGGAAAGUCUUCAGGGAAAUCAGAACGAGUUGGGUUUGGCGAGUUACUCCUGUUCCUUUCACUGGCGAUGGACGGAUUGAUAAGUGCAGUGCAGGAGCGAAUGCGAGCAGAACACAAAACAAGAUCUGGACACAUGAUGCUCAACAUGAACUUCUGGUCCACGAUAUUCAGUGGAGUUGUUAUCAUCAUGUCCGGUGAACUCGUACAAUUUGUUGCAUUUAUAGAGAGACAUCCCAGCUCCAUUAUUCAUAUACUAACAUUGGCUAUGGCUGGUGCAUUAGGUCAAUUUUUCAUAUUUUUGACAGUAGCCGAAUUUGGGCCUCUGCCGUGUUCAAUCAUAACGACCACUAGGAAAUUUUUCACUAUUUUGGGUUCUGUACUAUUGUUUGGCAGUACACUUCUACCUAGACAAUGGGUGGGUACGUUCAUUGUAUUCUCAGGAUUGUUCCUAGAUGCUGUUUACAGUAAAAGUAAAAAUGUGAAAAAGGAGACAGAUAAAUAGGUCAGUUCACUGGUUAAUAUUUCGCAUAAUUCACACAAUACUUCCAAUUCAUUAGUGUUUCGCACCAUCUCAAUGAUUCAGUUCUGUAUGGUCGGCAUGUUUAGUACAAAUUAAUUGUUCACAUCACUUUUAAAUUAGGACAAUUCUCAUUUUCAAUUGACAUUUUGAAACGAAUCCAUGAGAAAUGACUGAAUACCAAAAAAUAAUUAUGAAAUAAUGUAAAAGAGACAACAACAAGAUUAUGACACACUUUUUGAAUCAUCAAAUUGGAUGGGAGUUGAUAUUUUGUUGAAAUAAAUGAAUAAAUGUACUUAUGUUUCAUGAA